AGCACCGCGUAGUCUGAGCGAGAGAACGAGCCAGCUGACACCUCCAGCUGCAGCAGACCGAUUCAUCAUUUCGGAUGUCGCGUUGCAGUCGGUCGAAUCGCGCUGCGAAGAUGAAAGAUGCUCGGUUUAUUUUCGCACACUUUUACUGAGAGCGAGCGCUGCUAUUUCUCGCGAGCGUUCGUCUCUUGCUGCGGUCUUUUAAAUGCGGCUUCAAAGAGGCAGCCGUCUGUCGGCUAGCGGGAAGGUGGGGGGAUGUGUGUGAAGAGUAGCGGUGUCACAUCGUAAAGCACGAGGAGGAGGAGGAGGCUGCGCAUCGCGAGGAAGAAGGAAAGACGUUGCCCGGGUGGAUCCUUCGAGUGGAGACCCGAGCUCCUGCAAUCACGCAUCGGCCACCAACGCGUUCAUCCAAAUCCUCAUUCAUUCAUUCACUCAUUCGUUCAUGUUCGAUCCGCGCGUUCUGGAAGAGGGCGGACGGAGACGCGCCUACGACGAAAUCUGGGAGGUCGGGCGCCCUGAAUUGAGGGGGAAGGCACCACCAGGCGAAGAUGAGGAAGGAGUGCGUUCGGGGCCGUGGAGGGCCUCACCUGACCGCCUGAGGGAGCCUCACCUGGUGACCUGAGGGGACCUCACCUGGUGGCCUGAGUGAACCUCACCUGGUGACCUGAGGGGACCUCACCUGGUGACCUGAGGGGACCUCACCUGGUGACCUGAGUGGACCUCACCUGGUGACCUGAGGGGACCUCACCUGGCGACCUGAGGGGCCUCACCUGGUGACCUGAGGGGACCUCACCUGGUGACCUGAGGGGACCUCACCUGGUGGCCUGAGGGGACCUCACCUGGUGGCCUGAGGGGACCUCACCUGGUGACCUGAAGGGACCUCACCUGGUGGCCUGAGGGGACCUCACCUGGUGACCUGAGGGGACCUCACCUGGUGAUCUGAGGGGACCUCACCUGGUGACCUGAGGGGACCUCACCUGGUGACCUGAGGGACCUCACCUGGUGACCUGAAGGGACCUCACCUGGCGGUCUGAGGGGGCCUCUCCUGGCAACCUGAGUGGGCCCUUGUUCACCGCGCGCGCCCCCUGCCAACAUGAACGACAGCAGGCCGGGGCCCCUGCUGACGCCGCUGCACGCGUCCGCCUCCCCGAGCCACCACCUCCUCCUCCUGCCCCACAGCCAGCCGCAGCAGCAGCAGCACCACCUCCUCCUCCCCGACACCGGCGGCCCCGGACCCGAUGGGGUCGGCCCCGCGGCGCCGGCUCUGUCCCGCGCCACGCUGGCCGCCUGCACGCUUCUGCUGGCGCUGCUCUUUUGCGUGGGCACGUACGGGAACCUCGUGGUGUUCCUCUCCUUCUUCGACCCGUCGCUGCGCAAGCUGCGCACCCACUUCGACUUCUUGGUGCUGAACCUCUCCUUCUGCGACCUGUUCGUGUCGUGCGCGACGGCGCCCAUGCUGGGCUCCGUGCUGCUCGUGCGCCACUGGGCGCGCGGCGCCGUCUCGCACUCGCUCUGCUUCUCGCUGCAGCUCACGGCCGCCGCCUUCCCGCUGCUGUCGCUUCAGACGGUGUCGGUCAUCGCCGUGCAGAGGCUGCGCCUCGUGCUGGGUCAGCAGCCGAGCCAGGCAGCGGCGAUGCUCGUGUCGCACGCCUCCUCCGCCUCGGCGCUCCUCCUGUCGCUGCUGCUCUGGGCGCUGGGGCUCAUCCUCGCCGCGCUCGCCGCCCUCCGCGGGCACACGAGGGGCCCCGGGCCGGGCCCGCAGCUCUGCCUGCCCCUGCUCUCGGGGGGCCUCGUGCUCUACGCGUACGCCGCCGACUUCCUGCUGUGCCUCGUGGUGCUCACCGUCUCGUACGCGCUCAUCGCGCACGCGCUGCGGCUCACGCGGGUGCGCAAGGGGGCCAUCAUCACCGUGGACGUGGCACCGGGGGCUCACCCGGGGGCCGGGGAACGGCCGUGCGCGCCCGACGCGGCGGCCGCGGCGGCGGCCCCGUGCGCCGGCGCGACCCGCGACCACGGCCCUGGCCCCGCCGACGACCCCGCGUUGAGGAUGCGAGGGCCCGGCCUCAUGGCCACGGCAAAGGACUCGAAGGCGCUGCUCACGUGCCUCGUGAUCGCCCUGUCGGCCCUCGCCUGCUGCAUGCCGCUGUCCGUGGCGCUGCUGCAGGGGGUCAUGUCCGCGGGCCCCAACGGCGGCGUGGCCAGCACGCAGCUCGAGGUGUUCGGCUACACGCUGCUCUUCCUCAAGUCGGGUCUCAACCCGUUCCUCUACUCGCGCAGCGGGGCAGGGCUGUGGAAGCGCCUCUCCUGCUGCCUCCGCGCGCUCUCCGCGCCGCUGCUCGGCGUCUGCACCUGCUGCACCUGCUGCUCCUCUUGCUGCUGCUGCUGCUGCCGGCCCAAGACGCGGCUGCGCGCCGUGGGGAGAGGAAACCUGAGCGCAAACUGCGCAAAGUCGUCCCACCACGACACCAACUCCGCCUGCAUCCUGUCCCCGAAGCGGCCGGCGUCUACGUACGACCGUCCCCACCACCACCACCAUCAUCACCACCAUCGGCACCACCGGCAUCAACAGCAGCAGCAGCAGCCGCAGCCACCUGGUCCACGUGGGGGCCGCGUGGACCAGGCGUGCGGGCCCAGCCUGCACAGCCUCCAGGCCGGUGCCGAGGGGCGCCGGGGCCCCGGGCCGCGUUCCGAGCGCCGCCCGUUCGCGCACAGCGCCUCGUCGCCCAUCAACAGCCGCGUGGAGCCCUACUACAGCAUCUACAACAGCAGCCCGUCCCCUCCCAGCAGCCCGGGGGGCAGCGUGCAGCACCAGCGAAGGGGGCAGCAUCCCCGUCGGGGGCAGCGCGGGGCCAGCGGCUGCGUGUGUGCGGCCCCGGCGCUCACGGAGUUGCUGAUGGAGCCCGAGAGGCCAGCGGACAGGAACAUGAUCCCCCUUCCGUCCGUGUGACCGCGGGCUCGUUCCCCUGCCCAGCCCCCGCGUCUCUCCCCCUCGACACUCUCCGCUCUCCGCCCUCCGCCCUCCGCUCCCCACUCCGCUCUCGAUGCAUCCUGUCUCCACUCUCCCCUCUUCUCAUCUUUCCACUUCUCCAUUCCCGUGUCUCCUCUCAUCCUUGCUCUCCUAUCUCCACCCUUCUGUCUCCAGUUCCUACUCUGCACUCUCCUCUCCGUGGUCCCCUCUAUGCCGGCGUCUUGUCACUCUCCUCUCUCCACUCGCAUCUCCUCUCUCCACGGAACUGGUUCGCCGAUGAUUUCGCAUCAGCCGCACCGCGCAACCUCCGCGCUCAAGCGGGUCCGACACGGACACUGUCGUGACUGAGCUAACGCCGGCACAGGUACCUGGGACAUGCACGCAGAGACAGGUUCCUGGGACAGGCACGCAGCGAAAUGUAUCUGUUCCCGUAACGCUGAGACGGGGUUACCUGGGACACACACGCAGAGACAGACACCUGUGACACACACAGAGACAGGGACCUGUGACACACACAGAGACAGGGACCUGGGACACACACACAGAGACAGGGACCUGUGACACACACAGAGACAGGGACCUGGGACACACACACAGAGACAGGGACCUGUGAUACACACAGAGACAGGGACCUGUGACACACACGCAGAGACAGGGACCUGGGACACACACAGAGACAGGGACCUGUGACACACACGCAGAGACAGGGACCUGGGACACACACACAGAGACAGGGACCUGUGACACACACGCAGAGACAGGGACCUGGGACACACACAGAGACAGGGACCUGUGACACACACGCAGAGACAGGGACCUGUGAUACACACAGAGACAGGGACCUGGGACACACACACAGAGACAGGGACCUGGGACACACACAGAGACAGGGACCUGUGACACACACGCAGAGACAGGGACCUGGGACACACACAGAGACAGGGACCUGUGACACACACGCAGAGACAGGGACCUGGGACACACACACAGAGACAGGGACCUGGGACACACACAGAGACAGGGACCUGUGACACACACGCAGAGACAGGGA